AUGGGGAAGAUAGAAAAAACAAAGAAGACCUUUAUACAACCUUUUCUAUCACCCUUCAAGUCAUCUUUGAUGGCUAUCCUCCUGGUCAUCAUCAUUCUCUUAGCCUUCCCCUCCCCCUCAUUAGGCCUUCCUCCCUCAGCAUCCUUCCAGCCAAGAGACAAUUUCCUGAUUGAUUGUGGAGCAGACAAACAAGUCACCGUCCCUGAUGGAAGAAAAUUCAAAACAGACCCUCAAGCAAGUUCUUUCUUGCAAGCCAACGAUGAGUACAAAAUCAAUGCUAAUGCUGAUGUCAAAUUCUCUAAUCCUAUAUACAAAACUGCAAGAAUCUUCAUCCAGGAAGCUAAGUACUCCUUCCAUUUGGUCCAGCCAGGAUUUCAUUGGGUUCGCUUUCAUUUCUAUCCCAUCAAGAACAACGUCUUUGAUCUACAGAAGGCCACUUUCUCUGUCUUCACAGAUACCUAUGUGCUCCUCCACAGCUUCAAUGUUAACAACACUGACAAGCCAAUCCUCAAGGAGUUCCUCAUCAAUGCAACUGAGCCUCAAUUCACGUUGGCCUUCAUUCCCUUGAAGAACUCAGCUGCAUUCAUCAAUGCCAUUGAGGUUGUUUCAGCUCCUGAUGAACUGAUCUUUGACACUGCCACCAGCCUUUUCCCGGUUGGCGAUUUCAGCGGUAUCACGUCUUAUGGCUUGCAGCCUGUUUUCAGGCUCAACAAUGGAGGACCUCUCAUCACCUCAUCAAAUGACACCCUUGGAAGGACAUGGGAAUCUGAUGAGCCUUUCCUCAAAAACAAGAACUUGGCCAAGAGUGUCUCGGUGGCUCCCACUGCGGUUAAAUUCCCCAAACACAAUCCUGCAAUCUCCUCUUUGACUGCACCACAAACUGUGUAUGCUUCUGCCACUGAGAUGGGUGAUGCUGGUGUUAAUCAGCCAAAUUUCAAUGUCUCAUGGAAAUUUGAUGUGGACACUUCUUUUAGCUACCUCAUUAGGCUGCACUUCUGUGACAUUGUUAGCAAAGGGCUCAAUCAACUCUACUUUAAUGUGUAUGUUAAUGGGAAAAUGGCAAUCUCUAACUUUGAUUUAUCAGCCCUCACUGGUGCCCUGUCAACCCCAUAUUACAAAGACAUUGUGGUGAAUGCAACAUUAAUGUCUGAGGGACUAUUAAUUCAGGUUGGUCCAGCGAAAGGUGUUAGCGGAAGCGUAAAUGCCAUUAUGAACGGUAUAGAGGUCAUGAAGAUGAGCAACUCUGUGAAUAGUUUGGAUGGAGAAUUUGGUGUUGACGGAAGAAGUGCUAGCGGUUCUAACCGCGGCACAGUGGCCGCUGUUGGAUUUGCCAUGAUGUUUGGAGCCUUUGUUGGCCUCGGAGCUAUGGUGAUCAAGUGGCACAAGAGGCCUCAAGACUGGCAAAAGAGGAACAGCUUCUCUUCAUGGUUGCUGCCUCUGCAUGCUGGUGACACAAGCUUCAUGAGCAGCAAGAACUCAAUGGGAAAGAGCAACUUCUUCUCCUCAUCAAUGGGAUUAGGCCGGUACUUCUCCUUAGCUGAACUUCAGGAAGCAACUAAGAACUUUGACUCAAAGAACAUUAUUGGUGUUGGUGGAUUUGGCAAUGUGUAUUUGGGUGUGAUUGAUGAGGGGACUCAAGUGGCAGUCAAGAGAGGAAAUCCUCAAUCAGAGCAAGGCAUCAAUGAAUUCCAGACUGAAAUCCAAAUGUUGUCCAAGCUCAGACACAGGCAUUUGGUGUCCUUGAUUGGAUACUGUGAUGAGAAUGAUGAGAUGAUCCUGGUUUAUGAGUACAUGCCUAAUGGACACUUCAGAGACCAUCUUUAUGGAAAAAACUUGCCUCCCCUCUCAUGGAAGCAAAGGCUAGAGAUCUGCAUUGGAUCGGCUCGUGGUCUUCACUACCUUCACACAGGCACAGCUCAAGGCAUCAUUCACCGUGAUGUCAAGACCACCAACAUCUUGCUUGACGAGAACUUUACAGCCAAGGUUUCUGAUUUUGGACUUUCCAAGGAUGCACCAAUGGGUCAGGGUCAUGUUAGCACUGCAGUGAAGGGUAGCUUUGGUUAUCUUGACCCUGAGUACUUCAGGAGGCAGCAACUGACAGAAAAGUCUGAUGUGUACUCAUUUGGGGUGGUUCUGCUUGAGGCACUGUGUGCAAGGCCAGCCAUCAACCCUCAGUUGCCCCGUGAACAAGUAAACCUGGCCGAUUGGGCGAUGCAAUGGAAGAGGAAGGGAUUGCUUGACAAGAUCAUAGACCCUCACCUGGUUGGAAACAUCAAUCCUGAGUCUAUGAAGAAGUUUGCUGAGGCUGCUGAGAAGUGUUUGGCUGAUCACGGAGUGGACAGGCCUUCAAUGGGAGAUGUUUUGUGGAACUUGGAGUAUGCUUUGCAGCUUCAAGAGGCCUUCACACAAGGAAAGGCUGAGGAUGAGACAAAGUUAUCUGCAGCAGUCCCUACUGCAGCUGUUCCUACUUCACCAACUAUCCCACCAGCACCAACCACUCCUACUGGUGACCCUCCGGCGGCGGCCGCGGCGCCACGUCCAGAAGUGAAUAAUGCUACAUCAGAAGGGCAUUCAAUUGAUGACCAUUCUGGAACUGCAAUGUUUGCUCAGUUUAGCAAUCUCAAUGGCAGGUGA